CCUCCCGCACUCCCAAAGCCAUCUCUCGUCCAUUCUCCCCGGCAAAGUUCUUUUUCCUCUCUUUUUCGACCUCCAAGAGAUUUGAUCUCAGCCGACUUGAACAAUGGGGCCCAAGACUCUCAUCCUUCUGCUCGCCGUCUCCGCCUCCGCCCUCUUCCUCCAAUCGGAAGCCGUUGUCAUCGCCAUCCCCCGAAAGGUCGGACCCAUCGCCCGCUUGGGGCGGCUUAGAGAGAACCCUACCCUGAACAGCAUUUGCAAGAAGACUGAUUACUUCGUCGAGUGCUUCUCGACCAUCGCUCCGCUGCUGAAGGGCCGCCCGAUCAACGCGAUGGUGGCGCUCAAGGCUGAGAUCCAGGCUGCCAACAUGAAGUUCAGGGAGGCGAAGCGGCUGGUGGAGAAGCUCACCGCCAGCCCCACCACCUCCAAGACGACGAAGGAGUGCCUCUCCGUCUGCACGGAGAAUUUCGACUCUGCCCUCGAGAGCCUGCAGGACUCCCUCCAGGCCAUUGCCCAACGGGACCGUGGCAGCCUCAGCAGUCAGCUCAGCGCUGUGACCACAUACGUCGAGACCUGCAACGAUGCUUUUACCGAUUUCAACGGGCAUUCCCCCAUUUCCGUCGCCAACUUGCACCUCGCCAAGAUCGGCAGCAACUGCUUGGCCAUCGCGCAACAAGUCCGCCUGUAAAUAGUAAUGCCCCCGAUAUCAAAUCAACUCCUUGGAUUAAUCAGGGCUCAAUUGAACUUCUGAAUAUCAUGGAUCACACUAAAAAAAUGCUGGGAGAGGAGAGGACAAAAUUGGAUGUAUACUUUUUUUUUCCUUUUUUUUUCUUUUUUUUUUCUAUAUGUAAUUAGGGUGGAAAAGGCGAUGGAGUUAAUCGUUAUUUCCCCUAAGGAUUAUAGAAAAACUGAAAUUCAUAUGUGUUUCUCAUUAUACGAAAUGGGAAAUUGAGUCCAUUGUUAUAUAUAAUUGGAGGGAGGACUAAGCUGGAC